AUGGUAGAAGAAUUGGUUGUGGCCGUUGCUCAAGAAUUGGCUACGCAGCCCAACCCUCAGCCUAAUUUUGAUCCUACUAUGCAUUUCACUGGUGCCGGUGCGGUCAUGAAUCCUGUUCUCUCUCCUAAUUGUAAUCCUGGUAGCAUGGGAAGUGGAGUGGAAGCUAUGGUGUCCUCCAUGGCCUCUCGAAUGGCUCCAGUAUUGCCAACAUCAACAGCUUCAACCCAGCGUCAUGCUCAGCAUGUCGGUGGUGGAGCAGAACGUGGGCGUCUUUUAGCUCCCUCUUGUUCCUCGUCCGCUUCUGAAUCCUCUUCUCCAACUCCCUCUUCCUCCUCUUCUCCCUCCUCUCCAGGUCGUGAUGCUGAUGCUGCCGGGGAAACUGAUGGACAAGAUGGAGAUGAUGAAGGAGAGGGCGAAAUUCUGAGGAGCAAAUCACCUGCCUUUAAAAGUGGAAUGCACUCUACGGGUAGUUGGAGCACAAGCCGAACAACUCCUACCGAUGGGUGCUUCUAUCAAGAAGAUUAUAUCGUAAAUGGCGCUCUUGGUCGCGUUGCUCCAGCCUCUGAUUUACCACUUUCAGCCAAUAUCUCCAGCAUCACUCGUGAUAGUCAAUUAUCUGCUCCAGCAUCCCUUCCACCGCAGCACCACAUCAGGCAACAACUCCCCCAGCCUUCUUCACGUCAUAGAAACAGUGCAGUUAAUGGUCAUCACCAUCACCACAACCGCCAUUAUCAUCAACAGCAGCAAGAACAAUCCAUGCGAGUUAUUGGCUCACCAAGUGGCGGAAGAAAUGUGCCUAGACGUCGCAGUGGUGGACCUAACAACAAACACUUUGGUGAGUAA